UGGUGUUCUCUCGCGAUGCUCUCUACAGGAAGUGAGCAAGAGAGCGUGCGCCGGCCGCGGCCGUUGGCGGCGGCUGCUGAGGGGAUGUCGGCCGCGUGCGCCGUGUCCCCUGAAGCACAGCUCCCGCUGCCGCCGGGCGAGCGCGAUCCUCCGGCCAAGGCGAUGCGCAGGAGGCUGAGGCAGGGCCACCGGGAGGAGUGGGAGCAGUUGUCUUGGCUGGGGGAGGGAGAGGGUGGUGUCGACACAGAGGUGCAGCCGGCAGCAUCGCCGGGCGACGGGGACGGGCGUAGGCGGCGGCAGGCGCAGGAGCCGCGAGCGCUGGCGAGGACGGCUACAGCGGCUAGGGGGGAGGAGGAAGCGGAGGAGGAGCGGCUGGAGCGGGAGCAUUUCCGGAGGAUCAUCAACGCUUUCCGAUAUUACGGAACAAAUAUGCACGAGCGAGUGAACAGAACAGAGAGGCAGUUUAAAUCUCUCCCAGCUAACCAACAGAGUCUCCUUCCUCAGUACCUUCCUCAUCUUGACAAGAUUCGGAAGUGCAUUGAUCAUAAUCAAGAGAUACUACAGACCAUUGUGAAAGACUGCACUCAUAUAUUUGAAAAUAAAGAAUAUGGAGAAGACGGAAGAGGGAAGAUUACACCAGCUUCAACAUUUGACAUGGAUAAAUUAAAAUCCACUUUGAAACAAUUCGUGAGAGACUGGAGUGAAGAAGGAAAGCCUGAGAGAGAGUCCUGCUACCAGCCAAUCAUUAGUGAAAUUGUAAAAAACUUUCCAAAAGAAAGAUGGGAUUUCUCCAAAGUUAAUAUCCUGGUACCUGGUGCUGGGCUAGGUAGAUUGGCGUGGGAAAUAGCUAAGCUCGGUUAUGCUUGCCAAGGAAAUGAGUGGAGCCUCUUUAUGCUCUUUUCUUCUAACUUUGUACUCAACAGAUGUUCUGAAAUUAACUCAUGUAAGCUUUAUCCCUGGAUUCAUCAGUUUAGCAAUAACAGAAGAUCUGCUGAUCAGAUUCGUCCAAUUUAUUUCCCUGACGUUGAUCCUCACAGUCUUCCUCCUGGUUCAAACUUCUCUAUGACAGCAGGGGAUUUUCAAGAAAUUUAUUCUGAGUGCAAUACAUGGGAUUGCAUAGCAACCUGCUUUUUCAUAGAUACAGCACAUAAUGUCAUUGAUUACAUUGAUACUAUAUGGAAAAUACUGAAGCCUGGUGGAAUAUGGAUAAAUGUAGGUCCUCUCCUUUACCACUUUGAAAACUUGGGAAAUGAACUUUCUAUAGAAUUAAGUUAUGAGGAUAUAAGAACUGUUAUACUAAAAUAUGGAUUCCACAUAGAGGUGGAGGAAGAAUCUGUACUGUCAACUUACACUGUGAAUGAACUCUCCAUGAUGAAAUACUACUACGAAUGUGUGUUGUUUGUGGUGAGAAAACCAGAAUAGAAUUGUUCCGAAUAGUGUAACAGGAAAAAAAAAAAAAAAAAAGAUGUUGUCUUGAAAGCUAGAAGUGAGAAUCAAAUGGACUAGGUGAUGUCUGGACACAACCUCAAAUCAAGUGGUGCCUUCUUAUUCCUAAUAGGUUUUAGAUAGUGUCUAUUUUCUUAGUAUCUCUGUUGCUAUCCAGAUAUGUACUAUGCCAUGCAUAUUUGUAAUAUACUUGUGAAAAUGGAGGAGGAAGUGUUCACAUUACACUGUCUCUGCUUUUACUGCAUUCAAAAUAAAAGCAAAGUUUUACUGAAAAUAAAACUUAAUGUUUACCAUAAAUAGGCUUUGCAAAUGCUGCUUCAUUUUCUGUAGAUUGAUGAUUUUAUUUUUUUCUACUUACUGAUAUUAGGAAUACUUAGAGAUGCUUACUGUACUAGUUGUGGCAUAGAGAAGUUAUUUCUAAGCAUAUACUUUAAUUAUGAAGUCUGAAAUGAUUGGAAAGUGAUAAAAUUAUUCAUAAUAGAUAAAAUAGCCAUAAGAACUAUUAGACCAUUUUCUGUGGAACUCAGAAUGAAGUAGAUUAUUAUACAGAUUCCAGUAUUUGAUUGUACUACUGUUAACAAUAUAAUCAAAACAGAGCCCACAGACUGAAACUUUUGAAAUGCUCUGUGAAAGCAGAGUACUGUGUGAUGAAAAAGAAGCGUGUCACAGAGAAGGAGUAUGUUAACCUCAAUUGAGGAAUAACACCAAUCUUGAUCAAUCUACUAGUGUUGAAACUGAAAUAUGUUAGAUGCUUUGCGAUCUUAAAAUUCAUUGAUUUUGAGUCACCUGCUUAAUGCUUAAGCCAAAACAGUGAAGUGGUAUUUUUUAUUCUUGUUAACAUAAUUAACAGAGUCAUGUAAUGCCUUGAUCUUUUUUUUUAAAGUUGAUAAUAUAGCAGAUUUGUCCAUGCUGUAUGCAGAUAAUGCAACAAAAAAAUCCCUCAAGCUGGGGGGGCGAAGUUGUAUGUAUGUUGUAUGUGCUGUAACCUAGCCAGCUCUACCCAAGUCAGCAUAUGCAGACCAACUGGUAGAUAGCUUUCUUGUACCUUCAGGCUCUUUACCCUUGUGACUUAAUGACUUCUUCUUGCUAAUGUUUUUUUUUUCCCUGGCAGAUGUGGCAUAGGUGAAUAUUUAAUCUACACAUCAUGGUAACUGUACAAGAGGCUGAAUCUUCUGUCACUUAAGAGUGAUGUAUAUGAGAAAAUGUUAAUUAAUAAUCACUGUGCUUACAAGAAGUACCAUGUUACCCAUUUCCUUAACAUAUUGGUUACCACAAGUACUGGUUUUAGCCAUUUGGAAAAUUUCUUAAAUGUAAAAACAUUAUGGUUAAUGGCUAUGGACAACAGCUUGUUUGUUCUCCAUUAUUUCUGGUUUGUUUUUUGUUGGGUUUUUUUUUUCAUGGGGGUGUCCUAAUUACAUCUCUUCUAUAAAUCUGUUACUGGUUUUUGGAUUUUUCCCAUUAUGGCAAAAAAAUUGUGCCUCUGUUUCUAAAUUGAAAGUCUGCAAGGAGAAAAAGCACAAACUUUUUUUUUUUUGAUAGUUUCAGUGCUGCGUAAGAGAGCAACAUGCCUGGAUAUACUUCAGGACCAUGCCACUUUCCACUCAGAAUCAUUACUGCAAAUAAAGUGUUCUGGUCUUCAGCAGUCUUCAAUUACAGCUUUGCUUUAACUAGUCUUACUUGAACUUUCUUCUUAAAAGCCCCAAAAAUGAGCAGUUGGAGAUCUACCGUGUUCCAGGACAAAUGUGUUUAAAGCUGAAAAAUUGCCAAUGCCAUAAAGUAGAUGAAAUAUAAAAGCCCUUGGACACUUAAUAAUAAUAGAAAGUUGCUUUAAUUUCCUUACUUUGUUGUGAAGGGACUUUGUGCUUCUUUGCUUUCUUUCUGAUUUUUAUUUUUUCCCUUGGAUGGAGUAUGAUAGUAUUUUUGCCUGUUUUUCAAGCUCCUUGAAUUAAGAUGUGAGGUGAAUGUUGAUAAUGCUGUUGCUGAGUAGUAUAUGUAUUUGUAAUAUUGACCAGUUUCUGCCUUCUACCCAGUCUGUAGUUACACUUAAAAUGCUGUAUUCUGUUCUGCACAAACAGGCACUGAGCUCUUGCUUUCUGGUAGACUGUGGCUAUCUUUUGUUCUAGUGGUUUUGUUCUUUGCCACCUUACAUUGUCAUAAGUGCCAUUUUAUGUGUUGCUUCUGGAAAAUGUUUUUAUUUCCUUACGUCAGGUAUACAAUGAUGUGCUUCUAUUUAUCAUCUAGAAAAUGCCAGUUUUCCCCAAUGUCCUUCUGAAUUUUAACGGUUGCAUUAGGAGUUGGAAGCAGAACAAUGACGUGAAGAAACUGUAUGAGUUGGCUGUGUUUUAUACUUGAGCUCCUGUUGGCAUUCUUAAAAUUCGUAACUUGUAUUUUAUUCAUGGGGAUAAUUGUGUAUUACUGAAUGUGAUCACAUUCUUCUAUUCUAUUGUAUACAUGGGGAUAGGGGGGAAUGCUUGAGGCAUCCGUCAGCUGGAGCCAAGAUCAUUUAAUUUAGAUUACUAUUAAACUGUAUGUGGUAUCUGGUGUAAAAUAAAAUGCUGCAUAAUCUUCCGU